AUGUCGACUCUGACUCUGGCUAACACUAGCCAUGCCUGCCAUACUCCCCACAGACACUAUGAAACUAAAACCAACACCACUCUACAGGGAACACCUCAGACUAUGACUUGGAAGCCAAAGACUGAAAAUGGCCACCCCAAUCAUUAUCUGGUGAAAUCAGCCACCCCAGUUUUCAGACCGCUGGGUAUUGGAACUGAGUCUACAACAAUCACCUCCGAGUCAAAGACAUCCUUACCACUUGGCAUCCGUGAGACUGAAAAGAACAAGAUCCUCAAGCUACCACAAGCUUCUGCUGUGGCUAUGGUCCCGGCAAAUCCUUUGUUUGACCAUGAUCAUGAUAACGACCUGCAUCGUUCGAAUCAUCACCUUACCUCAAACGGGCGAAGGAUACUGAAAGAAAUAAUCAAAGGGAAUUCGCAGACUGGCCAUGUCAUGGAAUUUCACAGUGUUGAGGCGCGGGAAUACAAUAUGUUACAAAGCAUGCUGGAAGAGAGGGGCCGAGUAAAGCCCAGGCACGUUCAUUAUUCCGUUUCUGGUGAUCGCGUCCUCCUUGUCGACAUGCCUAAUACCAUCCAUGAAGCGCCAUUUAGCAAACUCAAGGACUCCUUUGUUUCUACAUUGAAACUUCUUUCUUACAAUCACAAACUCAUUUGCUCAGACGUCAACAUGAACUUAGUGUCAGAGAUCCCGGGUAGAUCAGUCACACCUGAUAUGUCCAUCACGAUGAUGAAAGCGAAAGGGCUCGUCAAUGAGCUGUUGCUUCCGCUUAUCAGAGAGUGCGCAUGCUCAAUCACUGUGGCCAGCACCUUGGACAGAAUGGGGAGAAUUAUCGGGGCUAAUCCGGAGGUUGCUGUGGCCAUCUUAGCGAUAGUUCGUGAGGUGAAGCCGUACCAGAGUCCGCGGGAAGGCUCCAUCGCGUCAGAGACUCUCUCAACUUCAGAGAGACCCAUGCCUCGCAACCAAUUCGUCACUGAGGAAGUCCCACUCGGCGAACCUGUCAAGAUCGCAGGUUAUGAUUGGUGUUAUCUCAGCUCGGUGGAGUAUAUGGUGUGGAUAAAGCCAGAUGGUGAAGCACAGAUAAAUCUUGAUGAUCAUGAUGAUGAACAUAUGGCACGUGGCAUGUUGUUCCCUGAGAUCAGCAUGGACGCCGUCAUGAAUAUGAUCCAACGAGGGUUGGAAAAGGCCAAAGACAUGUUUGUCGAUUUCACUCAACGGCUCGAUGAGACCGUCGACGUCACACCCCUUGAAGAAGCUCAAGUAACUUUUUCAAUCGAUUGGGAUGAUGCUGUCUCAUCAUUGAAUGGUGCGGUACAAUCAACCUCUUACGCUCGAUACGUAGCUUGGCACAACAAUAUCAAAGUCGAAACCGAGCCCCAGGAGAUUAAAGCCGGAAAAUGUACACGGGAUCCCUCGUAUUCCCCAUCUCUCUCCGAGUCUUUGGGAUCAGAUGACGCUGACUUUCAAGAAUCGUCUACCAUUUCUCGUGGACAUCCCAAGCGCAAGCAGCGUCCCGUCUCUCAGCCUCCUCCUCGCAAGUCUGAAUUCAAUAUUCGGAAACACCGCAUUUACUAG